GAAGGACACUCUAUAUGAUCGGUUAUGAUUGGAUCUGAUUGGUUCGUGCGAUAAACCGCGCCUCUUGUUUUCGUGCGCGUUCGCGAAUCGACCUGAAUGGAGAAAACGAUGCCAUUAAUGGGGAGAUUAAAAAAGUAGUCCUGGGCAGAGCACGUCUACCGUGGUGAUACUCUGAGAAGUCAAGGAUCUAGAGCUGCAUCUUUCUGACACAGCCAGACACACUCACACAGCUAAGUCAUUUAAAGAGCUUUGCGUUACAGAAAUAGGAGGCAUGUAAUCUUUUCCUAUGCGCACAUGAGCGUUUAUCCCUCUGGGUAGAGCUUUAACCUCAUCCUGAGCCAGACAUUACACUUUAACUUGAAUUACCUGAAUUUGACUUAAGAACAUAGCAACCAAAGAACAUAGCAACCACACUGCUAAGUGCUAAAGCUAAGUGCUAAAGUCUUCAGAAAAUGUAAAAAUGCACUUUUCAAAAUAACCUGCUUUUGCAUUGUCUCACAAAAAGUUUUGCUUUCCCCAGUCAAACUUUCUCAUGCAAAAGUAUUGCAUUCCUUAGGAAAAGCUGCAAAAGCAUUGAAAUAUUGCAUUGAAAUUCCUCCCACCUCAUAAUAUUUUCAUCAUCAUUGCAAAAGUUUCUCAGAGGAGUGCAAAAACAUUGAAAUAUAUUUUUUCCCUUCACCAUAUCCUUUUAGGGUCUCUGUAAAAACUAUACAUUUUUCAUUAAAUCAGGACAUGUCAUUAAAACUUUACUUUUCCACAUUAAAAAUCACAAUUGUAAACAAGUCUAUCUAUAAAGAUGUUAUCAAAGUACAUGAAUGUUCAGAAUCUCUUCUCUACUAAUCAAACUUUAAUCAGUCAGUAACUGGAUAGAUAACUGAAGGUUUGAUGUCACUAAUGAAGUCAUCACCCCUGCAUGAAAGCUAAUCACGUUUACAGCCACGGCUGCAUAAUCCUAAUCUAUACACCAUAAAUGCAUUAAAAAUUAACAGCAAUAGUAAUUCAAACUAGAUUUUUAAAUUUGGUACUUGCCACAAUGUUUUGGGUUCCCAAUUUUGCUAAGCUGUUUUUGAGUGUCUUCUACGUGAGCACACCAUCAAGUCACUGGAUAUGGCUUAAGAAUCUUAUUUAAUGUACUGUAAGUCUGUACAAUUUUUUUUUUGCACAUUUUAUUUUCUGAAAUAUCAAAAUAUCUGCAAAAAAAAAUAGGUUUUUCUUAGACCGAACCUUUCUGAGGAGUUCGCACAGGUUUCCUAGCAGAGUAACCAAAUGUUGUUGUUUACAAAUUUAACAAGCUUUUUUGUGAAAUGUUAUACAUGAAAAGUCUAUUUAUGCUUAAAAAUAUAUGCAUUUAUCUUUAAAUGAAAUGCCACUUGGUUUGAUAUUUUGUUACCUAAACAAAUGUAUAGAACUGUUUUAGACAAUCACAUAACACAUUGCUUAAUACUGUGUAAGAAGUUUGUUUGGAUUAUUUGGUACUUUUUCUGCUUCACGGGGGUUGUUUUGAUAUGGAAGUGUGUACGUGAUCAAGAACUGUAUGUGCGUACAUACCUAAUGAAUGGGGUGGGGUGGGGGGAAUUCCACAAAAGCAGACCUUAUCGCUCUCAGGUCUCAUAUAAGAGCUCAAUGUUAUGUCCAUGUUGGUUCCAUCUAAUGACAGCACAGCUCACAGCUAAUGAAAGUAUCAGAUGGAUGCAGUUUAGAAAAGUCUGGCUAUAAUUUAUCCUCCAUCAAGGACACGAAAAUCUAAUUUGACCUUUUUAGGACAGUUUCGUAAGCAAAAAUAUGGACACUCUUUAACAUUGCCAUUAUUUGCCGGCUGGUCAAUGUGAUCCUACAAAUUAUAACUGACAACCAAAUAAACACUCUAAAACAAUGUCUCUACAUCGGAAGAUUGCCCCCGACCUGGGGCCUCUUACUACCGAGAUAGUGUCUGAAAUUGACAGGGACAAGCAUACUUUACUGUAUAUGCUGGACCUGCACAGGGAAAAGGUGUCGCCUAUGGAUCUUACAACAAUGCUAUAUGUAAACACUCCAAGCACUGAAGAUGACUUUCCACAGAACCCAACAGAGCUCUCAAAUGCAUUCCUCCGGCGGCUCUGGUUAUGUAAUCCCCAAGCCCGCAGCACUUACUGCAAGGUACCUGUAGGAGACUACAGUUUGGACAUGGAUGAGAAUUCACAAUGUGCUAUCAAUCCUUUAGACUUGGUUGCUGUCAUCUACAUGACAACAAAUAGUUUCCUACAGCAAGAGAUCACUCACAGAAUGUUGCAGUGCAACUUUGCAGUGCCUCUGUAUCUUCCACCAGUUUACCCAGAAAAGAAGGGGACCAUGCUUCUGUAUCCAUUUAGAGGUGUUCUGGGUCAGUGGAAGUCACCUUCUGAGGGAACUAUCAUGAAGAACAUGGCCAAUUCCAGGAUGCCAUUUCUCUCCGCAGUGAGGCUAGGUCGCUGCAGUGUCUCAAAAUCUCGAGUACUCAACCGUGUUCUUGGGAGUCCACACAAGCUGAAUGAGUGCUUCAUAAACUGUGGUAUGGAUGGAGGGCAGCUGCCUCGUGUUCUCUCAGAUGGUCUGGUGGAGAUGUGUUGGAACUUGCCUUCAGGAGAUCAUCAUUACAAUGUCUUCUCUCGUCCUGUGCUAGUAGCUAAUCUCCGUGGAGAUGCAGCCAACUGCGAAAAACAGAUGAGUCUGCUGUGUUACGCAUCUGCAGUCCUCAUAGUGUUCUGCGGAAGUUUUGGUGCCAAGGAACGAGAACUGCUUGCCUCAUGGAGGGAGAAUACAAGCCACAUGAUUAUAAUUGACUGCUCAACAUCAGUAGAGGAUGGCCAAGAGAAUCAUAAUGAGAAAAUUAAACAAAGGCUGGUGAAGGAUUUAGAACUGCCUGAAGGAACAAUGCUUAAUGGCUAUGAAGGUAAUGAGGAAGAAAUUGCUGAAAUCUUAAGAGAUGUUCUUGAUCGCUUUAUUCCAUACCUGCACACCGCAAAUCUUGUAGGUACAGCUGGUAUGGCCAGUGACCUCGACAUUAAUGUUGAUGAAGAUGAGAUCUGUCGAAUGGCAUUCGGAGAAGUUGAAGAAGUCCUCAGUGGAAUUGAAGAUGGAAUGACCAGCUAUUUGGAGAACCAGCUGCCCUUGCAGGGUGUGGUAUGGAAACAGUUGUGUCAGAUGGAGAAGGAAGAGGGACGUCACCAACAACAUACGACCCAGAGCUUAAGAGCGGAGAAGGAAAAUCUUAUAAAACAACUGCUUGAUUAUAAAUUAACAACAGCCAUGAGAGCUUUUAUUGCAGCUCUCUGUUCAUUUGACACAACCAAGCGGGCAUUUUUCCUCUCUUGGAUGAGGGUGAAACUUGAAGUUGAGCAGUUGGAUAAACUGUCCCAUCUUAGGGGAACAAAUGAGGAAUGGAUGCAAGAACCUUGCAUUGGACUUGAACAUUUCCUUCGAGAAAUGGGAUUGGUCUACGAACGAUACUUCCGUGGUCCAAACAGUGACUUGUAUGACAUGUUCCGCUUACCGUAUGUAGGUGCUGAACUACUUUUGUAUGGAGUUCCCCUUGAGCUCUAUGAUGGGGAUGCCUCAGUAUUUCCCAUGAAAUGGGUAUAUAGCGUUCUUUAUGAGGUAUACAAGCAGCUGCCAAAGUUCAGUCGAUUGAGAGUUUUGACAAUCUUAGGUUUCCACAACUCUAAGAAUGCAGAGAUCUUAUCUGCAAUGUUUAGCGCCAACUUCCCAAAGUGGGGUAGAAGGCAUAUCAAAGGGGCGUACAUGCUUCUCCUCAGCCUGCCUGACAACUUAAGAAUGGAGAUGGACUGUGAAUUUCUGAUGUUGAUUGACACAGAAGGUUUGAACCGCCAAGCAGGAGGAAAUCUUGUCCAUGACAUUGAACUGGCUACCUUUGUUAGUGGACUUAGUGACAUUACUCUGGUAGAUUUACCAACUGAGGGUCAGGACGAAGCAAGAAGCAACCUUCAGAUUGCUGUCAGCGUUCUUCUCUCCACACAAAACCUGGAGAGGAAAACUACCUUUAAGGUUGCUUCAGAAGAUGCAGGAAUGGAUGGAAAAAUCCUGAGUUAUGUAAUUGAUGUACUUACCACAGGAGAGAUACCAAAUAAAUCUCAAAAAGAAACACUUCUCACAAGUGAAACAGGGGGUGUAAGCCAUAACCUGUCCAGCUCAUGGACCAGCAAUUCUGUGACAUCACAAAAUGAUCAAAUCAACAGUGAUGCAGUUCUGAGGCUAAAGAAAAGCCUGUUAAAGAUGUUCCAUGAAAAGGCAAUAAAUGGCCAGCCAACCUGCUUAGGUGCAUUAAUGGAGUACAUGUGCAAUCUAUGGGAGAAAGUGAAAAAUGAAAAUUUUGCCAUAAAGUUUGGAGACACGGGUGCAGCUGAUGCCAUCAUUGGCCUUUGCACAAAACUUGUACAGGGAGAGAAGCAGCUCAAUGAUCAACUAGAUCUUUGGGUUCAAGGGUUGGACAAUCACAUAACAGAGUUAAAAGAAUCGGCAUUACAAAAUGGACAAGGUAUGGAUUCAGAUGGCAUUCUCACAAUUUUGAGGAAUGAAGCAACUACCCAAAUCAGUACAGAGAGAGACCAAAUUAAGGCAAGUCUCUGGGACUACCUUAGGCAGGAAGAUAUUGAUAUUGCCCUUGUGGAAAAUUACAAAGGAAGCCUUCUCAAAAGAGUAGACCUCAUUCAAGAGCAAAUGACAUCUGAUGUUUCCCAGAAACUUGAGUCUGCUACCAUUCGCCAUGAAAUGACAAUAAAGAUGCAUGCCUUAUUGACAUCACUUGAAGCAGCCCUGGAGGUAAGGUUACGUUCACUCUUGCAGACCUACAAAAACAAUGACUCUGUGAUUGAGGACAAGGAGCUUGAACGUGAAUUUGUAAGUGUUUGGGAAAAUAUCCCAUCCAACAUGAAGGAACCUCCUCAAGAAACACAGGAAAUCUUAGCAAGGAUGAUGGAGCAGCUAAAGAAAAACCUAAGCAAUCGUGGUCUAAAAAAGCAAAAUGUUAGACUCCGAAAUGCAAACCAACUCAAUGGCUUUAAAGUGAAGACUAGCCAUUUUGCUUUGAAUAGUAAGAUGAAGAAAACAUUGAAGUACAAUAAGAAUGUUGCACAAAGAUUCACCAAUAAUUUGAUAGAAGACUGUGACAAGAGAGUCUCAGAAAAACUGAACCACAAAGAGUGCUAUUCAGACAGUUACAUGAGGGAGUUGCUUGCAAUUGUGGAUAAGGGUCUAGAAGUUUUAAAAGGCGAGUCAUUCAUGAUGAAUCCCAAAUUUGAAGCGGAUAUCAAAGGAUACAUCUGUAGCAAAGCACUGGUGUCAUUUCAAGAGGUGCAGCAGUUGCUCAUAAGGGAAAGGGAAACUAAAGAAAGAUUUCUAAAUGAGACCAAGGACAGGCACAUGUUGAAUUUCAUAUAUCAGUUCAGAAAAAGACACCAGUGUCAAAAAGCUGCUCAGUCUUUCACCAACCUGUGCCUCAAGCCAACAGCCGAAGACUUCAUUUACAGCAGUUUGGAGAGACAGAUAUUUGAUGACAUGCUCCAGAACAAAAAUGCACGGCUUUAUAGCUCACCAAAGAAGUUCCACUACGGUCUACUUAAAGAAAUGCUGCUAAAGGAUAGCUUUGAGAAUUUCCAUGAGUAUCUUCAGUCCCAUGAAAGCUUCAGCCGGAAGAGUAUUGAGAACUUUAUCAGAGCUCAUCUGUCAGGUUCUGUUAUGAUCGAAGACCGCAGGGAACAGAGAAUGCACCAAAUCUUUGAUUGGGUAAAGAGGAGCAUUAAGCAGGAAUCAGAAUCUAGUAGUGGGGCACAGAGCAAUGUUAGACUACUACUGGAGAAAGUUUGCAUCAGCCUGGAGAGUCUGGGAAAAAUCACUAUGCCAACUCAAAUCUUGGAAGAACCUUUGUUUGACAUAAGUACACAUCGUGAGCACUUCCUUGCAGACCUACAGGAAUCAGUCUCUGUGUUGUCCUCAUCAAUUGCUCAGGAAUUUAUGGAGAAUGAGGAUGUCAUUGAAGUCCCUGAUGACCUCCCUAAUAAACUUGAGGACAUGCUAUAUGACAGAGUGAAGGGGUGUGAUAAGCGUUGUCCUUUCUGCAAAGCUCCAUGCGACCUGGAAGAAAAAGAACAUAACGUGCACGAAGCUGUUGUGCAUCGACCUAAAGGCCUAGUGUGUUAUACCAAUGCCAACUCCACCACUCUGUCCCACAACACCUGCUCUGCAGAUAUUGUAGGACAAAACCAGUUUCAAAACAGACAUACAGGGGGUCAGUCUCUGCCCUUUAAGGAGUAUCGGUCCAUCUACCCAGACUGGAACAUUUACCCAGAGGAUUCUAGGAAUAAUGGGGCUGCAGUCUACUGGAGGUAUGUGUUCAUGAAGCACAACAGUAGAUUUGCCAAAGAAUAUCAGUGUGCACCUGCUGUAUUGCCUGAAGCAUGGGGGAAAAUCACAAAGGAGGAGGCGCUACAGAGCCUGAGAGAGGCCUUUCACAUUACAGAGUGAUAAUGCCCAUCACCCAUUAUUAUAUCCAUGAUUUCACUUCAGCUGAUAAAAGUUUUCUAUUAUAGAACUUUUCUCUAAAUAAAAAGACAGAAGGUGAAGUUUUCAUUCAUCACUUACAUGCCAGUUGAUGAAAAAUGUAUGAACCUUUUCCUGUAAUAAUGUGUUAUGACCAUUUCCUCAUAUAUUUACUCAUUUUCAUCUUAAAUAGCCUAUGUUAAAUGUAAAAAGCUAAAUGUAAUUCAACAAUACUCAUUGUUAGCAUAAUGUCUUCUGAUAUUUUACAAAUAUCAUGUAUGCCAGUAUGGGACUGUUACUCUUUCUUCAUUAAAAAUAAUGCUCUUAUAUCUAUACAACUAAAAACUAUUUUAAAAUCUG